AUGGCCCUCAGAAGUCAUCCAGGACAAACCGCGUUCCCUGGCGGAAAAUGCGAUCCCCAAGACGCGAAUGUGAAGGAAACUGCGCUACGCGAAGCGCAUGAAGAGUGCGGCUUGGAUCCAAAAUCACCAGCUCUACAUUACAUCGGCCAGCUUCCACCGUAUCUCUCUCAGUGGAAGCUCGUUGUCACACCCGUGCUAUUCUUUUUAGAUGAUCCUUCAGUUCUAGCCUCACUCGUACCAUGCACACAAGAAGUUGAUCGCAUCUUCACCCACCCUCUCCAAGCAAUCUUAGACCCAGAGCUUGCAUCAGACGAAGUCCUCAGUCGAAAAGGAAGCGACGACUGGCCUUAUGAGGAAGAGCUCUAUGCAAGUCGAAAUCUCCUCGCCCUCGCGAGCCCAAUCAAGGGUCUGACUUCUGACGUCUUGAUCCGAGUGGCACAGAUAGCCUACGAAGCGGAGCCGACGUAUCAACGAUAUGGGCCAGGCCAACCCACCCAUACGCAAUUUGUCGCAUGGGCACUCGAAGACUUGUCCUCGGAUACAACUACGCGUAUUGAAGUGAAUGGGACGAUGGAAUCAACCGCGUAUGCCUCGCGGGAAGUCGAUGGAGCUCAAUAA